AAACAAUCUUGCUUGUUGCAUACAAAAUGGCUUCGAUAACUGCUGGUAUUGCGGUGCUGAAGGCAGUGACUUCGCCCGCUGCAAUUGGAUUCAUACCUGUGGCUAUUGAAUUUCGGCUUUUUGAUCUACUGGUAGAACUUAAAGAGCCAGUUAAUGCCGAGAGAGUCUUGGCAGCCUACAAAGAUGAAAUCAAAGGCCAUGACGCCAAAACACCCAACCCAGGCGUACUUCUGAUCGCGGACACACUGUUUGCGAUGGCCGGCUUAGGGUUUGUCGAUAUCACGAGCGACGAGCUUUACAGCCCCAACGAAAUCACGAGACACUUGGCCGCCUUCCAGUCAGCACAGCAUGGAGCACUCCAUUUUGCAACAGAGGCCCUCCUCGGCGCAACAUUCCUUAUGCCGAAGCUCAAGGCAGAGAACCUUGCCUAUCCAUUCGAGGAACUAGACACACCUAUCCAAUAUGGGUACAGACAAAUGGGUAACGAGCAAUUCGCCAAGCAGCACACAUAUUCCAUAAUGGCAGAGCAAGGCCGCAUGGACAGUUUCAACAUCUUCAUGGCAGGAAAGUUCAUGAAGGCCAACAGCGUCCCGGAAAGAAUGAAGGUACUCGGAUAUGAUUUUCAAUUCGUGCUGAACGAAGCAACAGCAGAUACCUCCCGCACACUGGUCGACAUUGGCGGAGGCCGUGGCGAACUUCUUCUCGAAAUCAAAGAAGCGUUUCCACAGCUCCAAACAUCCGACCUUGUGGUACAGGAGUUCAACGAUGAUAUCGGCAAUGUCGAAGGAGUCACCCAGGUCACCUGGGAUUUUAAGGCGGAGAAUAGCCCACAGCCUAUCAAGGGAGCCUUGGUUUACCAUCUAGCGCACAUCCUUCAUAAUUUGCCGGAUCUAGAGGCUGUGCGGUUGUUACAGAAAAUAUCCGAGGCCAUGGCGCCUCAUUCUAGGCUUUUGUUGCACGAAUUUGGCAAGAAUGCCAACCAUGGCAAAAUGCAUGCAACUAUGAUUGUGCUUUUUGGAGGACGCGAAAGAAGCUCAUCCGAAUGGCACCAGAUGGCGGCAUUGGCGGGACUGAAGGUGACAUUCGAGGUCUAUCCUCCGUUUGGUGAAGGGCUGAUUGAGAUGCGCAAGGCCUAAAGGUCAUUGAGUAGACGAAUUGCG